GGGAGGGGGGGGUUUAUAUCGUGUAGUUAAAUGCCUAAUUCAGAGGUGCUUCGGGAGGGUCGGGGUCGGAGCCCCUCUAACAGGCAGGACAGCAGGCGGGUGAAGCCGGGGAGCGGUGCUGCUCAGCGGGACAGGCACCGGGAGAAGAGGCGGUCGUCGGCGUCCAGGAGGAAGAAACGCAGACAGGCGAAGGAGAGGGGCUUGUUAGGUGCAGGUGCAGCAGACGGCCCCGGGAAAGACCGAAAAAGCACUUUUGAACGAGAGGCUGAACUUCGGACAUUGGUAGAGUACGACGACGUGAGCUCCCAGUCGGAGCGGUUUUCAGGCAGCCCCUCUCCCAAACUUGACCCCCACGCUGACAGCCUCUCAGCGGACCGACUCAGCGAUGUUGACUUCGGGGAGUACAACGGACCAGCAACCCCGGAGAGAAGCCACACGAGAGACAGGGAGGCUGUGUGUGUUGGCAAAGACGAACAAACAAGAGGACCAUCUGACAGGAGCAAGGAGAAGGAGUCAGGCCGGAAAAAGGACCGCCAGAGCCGGGAGAGAGACUCCUCAAAGGCGAGGAGCGCAGUCGGUCUUAGUGGGUCUAAGAAUCACAGAGACACUACAAGAAGCAGUGACAGAAAUGGUAAAAGGACAUCUACAUCUCUAUCCUCACAAUCUGCAGAUAAGAAGGAUCCAAAAAGACACAGGAGUAAAACAAGAUCUGACAAGGAGCCCCCAUCUGCAUAUAGAGAUGCUCCACAGUCUUACAGAGAUGACCGUGAAGACCUCAGGACAUACAGGAGAAGUCCUGGUUUGAAAGCAGAAAGUCCCUAUGGGACGUCUUAUUCCUACAGCUACCAGUCUCCUGGUGGUUAUAACCAGCAAAUAUCUAGAAGAAGUCCAACUUAUGGAAGCAAAAGACUGUCUCCCACUUCCACGUAUUAUGGUCGGGAUGCAGAUGUGUACGGAGCGUAUGGUGUGACAAAGUCUCCCAGUUCAUACUCCAGCAACAAAAGGAAGAGGUCACCCACGAGCCCUGUGAACUAUCGCAGGUCCCCAAGUUAUGGACGACAUAGUCCCUACGAGCAAGGCGAGUUUGGUUCAAGCCCUUAUGGGAACCGGAGGAGAUCAAGAAGUCCCUACAGGAAGUCGCUGAGCCCAAGUCCAGAUGUCAGGCGAUCUGCUAGGUCACGUAGCAGAAGUCCGUAUACAUCCUCAAGGCAUUCGCGUUCACACAGCCAUCACAGACACUCGCGUUCCCGCAGUCGCCCCUCCAGCCUCUCACCUAGCACGCUCACCUUCAAAACCAGCCUUGCUGCCGAACUUAGUAAGCAGAAAAAAGCCAAAGCAGCAGAAGCAGCUGCCAAGGCCAAGAACGCCAGCAACGCAUCUACUCCAACCAAGGGUCCCUCAUCUGCUCCUCAGCCCAGCCCCAAGUCCAAUCACUCUUCCAGGAAGGGUCGCCCUCCCUCCCCACCACAGCCGGAGAAAGGUCCCAGGACUCCCACAUCCAGCCAGCCUCAGUCCCCCUCUGACAGGUCGACCAAGAGGGCAGCAGAGCACCAGACCAGCAGGGACAGAGACGUCAAGGGGAAAGACGACUCUGUACAUCGGGACAAAAGGAAAGCGUUAUUAUCUGGACAGAUCAAGGACAAGGAAAGAGCCAAUGUCCCACUCCUGUCUGCUCUAUCAUCCCUACCGCUGCCUCAAACAGUUCUUGAGCACAUGGAUAAAGGAGACAGCUUGAAGGACAGCUUACUCUCAGGAAAGAAAAAGUCAGAGAGAAAAGCCCGUCAGCUGCUUACUGACCUGCCUCUGCCGCCUGAACUUCCUGGUGGCACGUCUUCCCCGCACAGCCCACCUGACGACAAAAAGUCUGGAACAAUUCGUAGACGACCCAAAAUUUGUGGCCCACGAUAUGGAGAGAUUAAAGAAACGGAGAUAGAUUGGGGGAAACGCUGUGUGGACAAGUUUGAGAUCAUUGGAAUCACGGGGGAAGGCACCUACGGUCAGGUGUACAAAGCUAAAGACAAGGACACUGCUGAGAUGGUGGCUUUGAAAAAGGUUCGACUGGACAAUGAAAAGGAGGGCUUCCCGAUCACGGCCAUCAGAGAAAUUAAGAUUUUGAGACAACUCAACCACAAGAGUAUCAUAAACAUGAAGGAGAUUGUCACGGACAAGGAGGAUGCUCUAGAUUUCAAGAAUGAUAAAGGUGCUUUCUAUCUGGUAUUUGAAUACAUGGACCACGACCUGAUGGGUUUGCUCGAGUCUGGCCUGGUCCAUUUCAACGAGAGCCACAUCAAGUCUUUCAUGCGACAGCUGCUGGAGGGCCUCGAUUACUGCCACAAGAAGAACUUUCUGCACAGAGACAUCAAGUGCUCCAAUAUUCUGCUCAACAACAAAGGUCAAAUAAAGCUUGCAGACUUUGGUCUUGCUCGGCUGUAUAACUCAGAAGAGAGUCGUCCAUACACCAAUAAGGUGAUCACACUGUGGUACCGCCCCCCAGAGCUGCUUCUGGGAGAAGAGAGGUACACGCCGGCGAUCGAUGUGUGGAGCUGCGGAUGCAUUCUGGGAGAACUGUUCACAAAGAAACCAAUAUUUCAAGCCAAUCAAGAGCUCGCUCAGUUGGAGCUAAUAAGCCGAAUAUGUGGCAGUCCGUGUCCUGCUGUGUGGCCAGACGUGAUCAAACUUCCUUUCUUCAACACCAUGAAACCAAAGAAACAGUACAGGAGGCGGUUACGAGAGGAGUAUUCUUUCAUCCCUCCCUCUGCCCUGGACCUGUUUGACCACAUGUUGAACCUGGACCCCAGCAAACGCUGCACAGCUGAACAAGCGCUGGGCAGCGAGUUCCUGAAGGACGUGGACCCCGACAAGAUGCCCCCACCAGAUCUCCCACUGUGGCAGGACUGUCACGAGCUGUGGAGUAAGAAACGUCGGCGGCAGAAGCAGGUCCCAGAGGAGCUGGCGGCCCCCAAGGCCCCACGUAAGGAGCUGGGCCUUGACGACAGCCGCAGCAACACCCCUCAGGGCUUUCCUGCUGCUGGAGGUGUCAAAGCUCAGAAUGCAGCAGCGUCUGCACUGCUCGACGCAAAGGGUCCAAACUCCCAGCUAACCCAGGAGCAGCUGGCGGUCCUGCUGAACUUCCUCGGCCAGCCGAAAAGCGCCGUCAACACGGCCCAGUUUGUCCAGUCCAUGAGCACCAAGGUCAAUCAGGAAACAUUACAGCAGCUGUCCAAAGCUCUCGCUCCGUCUGACCCAACUGAGCCUCCGCCUCAGCCUACACCCACCAAGCCCCCGCAGCCCCCAGCUCCUGCAGGAGUGCCCCGCACGCCACCAAUGCCCAAGCCUCCUUCACCCCCCAUGUCGGCACCAUCGGGUAAUCCAGAAGGAGAGGCCGCAGCAGCCACGCAGACGGCCAUGACGAUGCUUCUGGCUCAGCUCCUCCAGGCUCAGCAGGCUCCGAGGCAGGAAGCAGCUGAUGGAGCAGAAGGAGCGGAGAGUACCAACCCUGCAGGAGCAGCAGCAGCAGGAGGGAAGCUCCUACCCCCUGAAGUCAAACAGCCUCCAGAGCCCAGUCCAGUCUCUCCAGUGUCUGAAGUAGGCGGAGUAUCCAUCCUUCCACCAGACCAGAGACCACCUGAGCCUCCAGAACCACCUCCGCAUGCUGACCUGGACUACCGGCAGCCUCCACCUGAACCCCAGACUGGCCACGCCCCUCCUAUAGCUUCCGCAGGUGGAGGCGAUGGAGGGAGACCCCCUGAGCCGGACUACCCACCACUCCCUACAGCAGAGGGUCCAGGUUACGGGGGAGACUACAGCCACCCUCCUCCCCCACCCUUCACUCCUGCAGGGUUUGGGGAAGGCUACAUGGGUCACAUGAUGGGCGGUGGUCUGCCUCCUCACGCUCUCAGAGAAGUGUUCAGUGGACCCGGACAGGCCUCCGGCUCCUCGUCUGCAGCGGGAGUUCAAGCCCCUGCCAACCCAGACCCCUUCCCUCCAGGCGCCGGAGCCACCGGCCCCAGCAGCAUGGUGUUCGCGGGGGACAUAGAUCACCGUUUUAAGUACAAUCACAGCCCUUUACCUGUGGAGGGGCAGCCCAACCCCAGCGCUAUCCACCUGUACAACCACGCCAUGGCUAGAAAGGACAGCAUACCUCCUCCACCUAUCCAAGCACCAGGCCAGGCCUGGGGCUCACCCUCCCAGGUCGGGGCUCCACCACUACCCCUCGACUUUGUCCCACACGUGAACUCGACGGCAACAAUCAGAGGACGAGGCCUGCCUUUCUGAAAGACUGGAAAUAUGAAACACACAGUGAACAAAAGGCUGGAGGACUCAGAUUUGAUCCUGGAGCCUCUCAGGCCAGACCAGACGGAUCUGAAGAUGCACACUCAGUUUGUAAUAACUUAAAUCUGUGUAAGGCAUUGUGUUCCUCCUCAGUCUGGAAUGUGGAGUAUGUCGCAGAAGGAAAAAAACGCGGAGGAGCUUUUCUUGCUCAUACCAUUUUCAUAUUUUUUGUAAUCUAUUCUGCUGUCUUUUAAAUUAAACUUCUACCUUUUUUGAGUGUACAUUUAUCAGGCCCGGGUACAUUUUAAAAUCUCUACCUUAGCCUUUCUGUAACUGCUCCAGGGCAGAAUAGUAUUAAUGUUUUGCACUACUGACUGAAGUAGGCGGAAACUAUUUUAGCUACGAAAGGCAAUGGAUGAUGUGCUUUAUCUGCACAAUUAGGAUGACCAGUAAUGUAGUGUCCUCGUUUCUUUUUUUAUGGCCAUGAUUAUGUUGAAACAAUAAUGGCUCACUUGAUUGAGUUGAUGGCUUCGGUAUCGGCACAGGGGAGCUAUUUGAGGAAAAGGACUGUUAGUUCCACAGAGAGACUGUUAGCACUUGGAUGUCCGCAGCGAAUGAUGUGAUGGAGAAAAAGGCAGUUUUCACUUUUUAUUCCACACGCCGUUUUUGCCGGUAGGUGUUCUAAAAAUCAUGAGCAAAACGAAAAUAACCCAAGUUUAAAAAAAAAAAAAAAAAAGGAAGCUGACAUUUUUUUUUUUUUGUACUAAAAUGAUUUUGUCCCUCUCCCUCCUCCCUUUGGCAAAUGUUUAUUAAAGAAAUGCCAACAAUG